AGGAACUCCUUGGACAGAUGCCUUAGUUCAUGGUGUAGCAGAAAAUACACCAAAUAUCAUUUUGUAGUUGCAGAAGUGGCACAUUUCAGACCGGUUUCGAGGUGACCAUUAGUGUCAUCUACCCCACUGUCAAGCUGGCGUACCCAAUGGGAACAAUGGCGGGGGCCCCAACGAGUGCCGAUGCCUGUCUUAGUAUAGUACACAGCCUCAUGUGCCAUCGGCAGGGAGGAGAAUCAGAAUCUUUUGCAAAGAGGGCCAUUGAAAGUUUGGUGAAAAAACUGAAAGAGAAGAGAGAUGAGCUGGACAGCCUUAUCACAGCCAUUACCACAAACGGUGCACAUCCCAGUAAAUGUGUCACGAUACAAAGGACAUUGGAUGGCAGGUUACAGGUUGCCGGGAGGAAAGGUUUUCCACAUGUGAUUUAUGCCAGGAUAUGGAGGUGGCCUGAUUUGCACAAAAAUGAACUGAAACACUUGAAAUUCUGUCAGUAUGCAUUUGAUCUCAAAUGUGACAGUGUGUGUGUAAAUGCAUACCACUAUGAAAGAAUUGUGUCGCCUGGUAUUGAUCUGACUGGGCUUACAUUACAACACACAGCAGGUCCUCCACGUGUGGUUAAAGAUGAGUUUGGAGGAGAAUGUAUUCAGGUGGAGCAGAAUAUAUCCCACCCUCCCGGCAUGAGCAACGGGGGGAUCCAGAACAUCCAGCACCCUGCCGUACCCCUGGGCCAACCCCAUGGUCCACCCCAUGGCCCUCCCCACAGUUCAUCUCAUCUCCCGUCGCAUGGAUCACCUCAUGUGUCAUCACACGGCUCCCCCCAUGGAGCACCUGGGCCAUCAUCAGCUGGGCUCAGCGAUUUCAACCGUAUGCUGGCACAUCAACAAGGUCAAGUUCCUCCGCCAGUUUCCAUGCCCCCACAUUCCAUGGGUAUGCCUUCCAUCCCCCCACCAGCCCAUCAACAGCCCCCUUUCUCUGCUCCAGGUCCAUCUCAAGCACUCUCCACUCCUCCGGUUCCUGCCCCUCCGGCUCACUCGACUCCCCCUCAACCAGCCCAGCCAUCUCCUGCCAUGCACGCCAGUCAUGCAUCGGUUUCACAAGGUGCUCCACUAGCACCAGGUCCCAGUCCAUCGGGUGGUCCGGGCCCAUCUGGUCCACCUCCUCCUCCAACCCAACAAGCCCCUAGUCAAGGACCACCGUCUGCUCCUCCCAUGCCACAACAGACUUCUCAGGGUCCUACAUCACCUGUACCAAACAUGACAUCUUCAUCUUUCCAGAGAAGUAAUUCUGAGUCAUGGGGAGGUGCAGGUCCUAGCGGGAGUACCUUGAACUACCGUCAGGGUGUCAACCCACAAGGAGUGAGUGGACAGAAUCAGUUUCAUGGUUACCAGAUGCCGAAGGACAAUGCAGCAGUGGAACCACCCCUAUCAACUCAACCAGCUCCAGAGUAUUGGUGUUCAAUAGCCUACUUUGAACUUGACACCCAAGUUGGCGAGAUCUUCAAGAUCCAGUCCUCCUGUCCUACGGUGAAGGUAGAUGGCUAUGUAGAUCCCUCAAGAAUGGACAGAUUUUGCUUAGGACAGUUAUCCAAUGUACAUAGAACAGAGAGCAGUGAGAAAGCAAGGCUUCACAUCGGUAAGGGUGUACAGCUGGAGCUGAAAGGAGAAGGUGAUGUGUGGGUCAGGUGUCUCAGUGAUCAUGCUGUCUUUGUUCAAAGUUACUACCUUGACAGGGAAGCUGGACGAGCACCCGGUGAUGCUGUUCAUAAGAUAUAUCCUACAGCAUACAUCAAGGUAUUUGAUCUCAAGCAAUGUUAUGCCCAGAUGAAGUCACAAGCAGCCACAGCCCAGGCAGCGGCAGCAGCUCAAGCAGCAGCUGUAGCAGGACAUGUACCUGGUCCAUCAUCCGUAGGAGGAAUAGCACCAGCAGUCCGUUACUCGGCUGCAGCAGGGAUUGGAGUGGAUGACUUGAGGCGACUGUGUAUAUUACGGAUGAGUUUUGUGAAGGGAUGGGGUCCAGACUACCCACGACAGAGCAUCAAGGAGACUCCAUGUUGGAUUGAAAUUCACCUUCACAGAGCACUUCAACUCUUGGACGAAGUCCUUCAUACGAUGCCUCUCAUGGAACCGCAUCCUUUAGACUGAGCCAUCUCCUUGGCAUGGCAACAAACUUUAUAUCUGACUUUUGCAGCGAUGAGGAUUCUCAUGGUACGUGUGACUUGACAAACGAGGCUGCGAUUAUGUCACUUUUGCCCUUCGCUGCAUUCAAAGGAAAGACUUGGAAAAGGACCCUUCAAAAGGCUGUCAAGCUUUAAGGAUGAGCUCCUUUGAAUCGUGUGUGAAGUUGCGGCAUGUUUUCUGUUUCGUCGGGCCUCAUAGCUUGGCUGAAUGGAUUAUCCCAUGGUGGAAUCUGUUUUAAAAUUAUUGAGAAUUACAAGGUCUGUGUUGAACCUUGCCAGUGAAACCAAAGGAGGAAUGGUGCUAUGUUUACAGGGGAACUUGUUUGCUUGGAGUUCACACAACUCUUUGUUGGCAUUACAGAAGAGUACAAUACAUCCGGCUGAUUAUUGCUGAAAUUGGAAAUCUGAAUUUUGUUGGGCCUGACCAAUCAGCUAUAGACCUUAUGCAUGUGAAGUCAUCGCGCCGCCAUCUUAGUGGCUGAAGCCCACGCGUUGGUGAUCUGCAGCUGCAUCUCUGACAACUCUGUUUACGCAUAUUCCCAUGUGUCCUCUGAGGGAGGGCGCUAUUGAGAUUAUGACAUCAUAUGCAUAAAGUCUAUUGAGAGAAACUGGAAACUGAUGUGAUGGAAGAUGGAUAUUACUUUAUUCAAAUAGAUUCAUGAACAGAGAGAAGGUAAUUUGGGUGGAGAUUUUUAGUUGUAAUGCACAUGAAAACAGCAGAUAGAGGGAGAGAGAAAGAGAGUACUGGGGUAUGAAAGACACAGGAGAUUAUUACAAAGGCAAAGGCAAUUGAUUUUUUUAGGCUUACCAUCACCAUUUUGUAAUUUAUUUGUUUACAAAUCAAGAUGAAAUAUUUAACUAUUACAAGAUGAUCGUGUGCUUAAUUGAUUACAGGUAUGAUACUUUACUUUGCACAUCUCACCAGAGCCAAAGAUACCAUGGAGAUCAUUCUCUUGAAGCAUCUUUGCAGUAAUUUUCACUGACAGAUCUGCUCUCAUCCAAUCAGAUGCAAGUAUUUCAGUAGAUUGUAAUUGUCAGUGAAAAUCACUGACAUAUUGCAUCGUGAAAUGGGGGCCCAGGCCUUGAAAGUUUAGACAUUGGUUUAUUACUCUUGUGAGGUGCAAUAUAAACAUGUGGGGUUACAACGCUAGCAAUAAAUACAAUGAAGAUGAACUAACUUGGUGUGAUCAAAUCUGUCAUUUCUUUCUUUUUUUCUACUGAGGUUUAGUCUUUUGGCAUGUGAAACAAAAGUACUGAGGCAGAAACAAAAUAGAUAAAAGAACCUUGCCUCGUUUCUUUCUGUGGAAGCACUCUUUGUGAUGUUUCUAAAGAUGCGUCGCUAAACACGUGUAUUUAUAUGAAAAUAUUGUGAAUAUUGUAUCAUAUGGAUAUUUCUGAGUCGCUAUUAUGUUUGUAAUUUUUCACGGUUAUAAUUUUUCUUCUCCAUUUCACAGAUUGUUGAAUUUUGAGUAGUACUAUACUGAAAAAAAUAAAUACCCUUCAAGCUUUCUGUUGAUGUAGAUCAUGUACUAUUGUUUAUUCUAUGUCUUCCAUGAAUAUCAUGCUAUUGAGUGAUCAGGUGAUUUCAUGGGGAGUGCUGUCGUCAACAGCUUUAAAUGCUUGGGGUUUAAAAAUGUGAUCUCAUUCCCCGGUGAGUUUUACUUGUAAAUAACUUUGUUAAUAUGUAGCUUGAUUUAGCAGAAAUAUAUGUACAUUGUCUCCUGAUGAGAUUGGCACUUAUCUUUGAUCAUAUCUGACUGACUCGUGUGUUAAUUUCAAAAUGACUUCCUCAUUAAUGCUGCCUGUAUACUUUCAUUAUCAUGAAGCGAUGAAAUGCCCCAUACCAGUGCUAAUAUGAAGUUUUAAAGUUUAAGGAAUGUGAAUUUAUCAAUAACAUCAGUAAAUUUUUCAACCAUAGUUUGGACACAAUCAUGAUCUUCAAGAGUCAGGUUUAUAAAAGACAGAAUUCUUGAUUCAUUUAGGAAUAAAUGAGACUGGAAUUAUUCAAGGAACACACAGAUUGCUUAUUAAAUAUUUCUGUAUUUUUAUGCCACUUGUUUGCUGACAUAUAUUUUAUGAUCAAUACCUGAAUGCAAUGCUUGCUGCUUUUUGUAGAGUUGGUAUAAAUGAGUUAUACCAGUUUGAAUCAUGAUUAUUCAAAAUCUGCGAACAAAUUUAUUUGAACAAAAUACAGUUUAUAUUAGUGUUAUCAGCCAUGGUAUGAUUUUCAUUAUUAAUGAGCUUAUCUGAAAUAUGUAAGAAGAUAUUGUUUUUUUUUCUUCUUAAAUGCCUGAUCAAGGUCUUGUAUACAUGUGUGUUUUUCUUGAGUACACUCUCAGAAUUCCUUUGCCUUCGUAUAUGUGAAGAUCUUGUACAGUUUUGUUUUACAACUAUAUGCAAAUAUCUGCAACCAGUUUGAGUUGUGUAUGUGUCGGAAGAAAUGUCAUACAUACAGUCUGUUGGAUGAACGAAAGCAUGUCAUGUGUGAAUCAUUAUAAUGUAUUUGCAAGAGUGAAUAUAUCCAAUCAAAUAUCUAGUUAUGUUGCUAUUCAACUUUGUUCAGUCAAAAGAGAAUGAUAUACCUUAAUCUUGGGACAAGUUAGCUUGUGUGAAAGCAGAAAAAUGAAAGAAUGAGUAAAAUUUGACAAGAAAGUUAUGAGCAUUUGAGUGUUGAGAUUACUAUGCUAUUGAGAUCCUCCCAUUGGCAAUGAGAACGAGAUCUGUGAUGUCGCACAUGUACGUCUCUCCCCUUUGGCCCUGAAAAUAUACCCCUUAACAUCGUGUUUGCUCAUUCUCUAAUUUGACAAAAAUUUCAUCCAUGAUAUAAUGUUGUCAAACCUCUAUUACACUCAUAAAAAAGAAGACCUAAUCAUGAGUACAAUACAUAUACUAAAUAAAUUGGGACGUUGUAGAGUGUGACGUCACAGAUUUUGGUCGCAUUACCAAUAGGAGGAUCUACAUUGCUACUGUAGUUUAUUGCUACAUUAUUAGUGAUCCCAAUAUUCAAAUCCUCAAACUUUCAUUGAUCUUUCUCUUUUAUAUGAAUUCAACUGGUUUCAUUAUCUUUUUUUUUGUGUGUGUGUAAAUCACUUGAAAAGAAAUAUUUCAUCAGUAAUUCUAUAUAUUCUGAACAUUGUGCAUACAAUCACCAAAACAGUUGCAGGGGUUGUAUAUCAUACUUUGCCUGCAUUUCUCCGACAUGUUCAUCCCCCAAAUUUCAAAUCCACUGAUUGUGGUGUAUUUGUAGGAAGCAGCUUAUUUUUCAAGAGAACUAGAUUCAUGCACAACUUAAUUCUCUUAAAUCUAUCCUGUCGUUACUGCCAUUUUCAUAUACUCCAUGAACUGGUUCAGACAUUUCAUCUUAACUGAAAUGCACAAUGUACAGGCAUAAAUAUUAUGGACAAUGUACAGGCAUGAAUAUUAUGGACUUCUGUAUUUUCCAAUUCAUAUGCAUUUGUCAGUAGUAGGCAUAUGAAUUCUUGCAAUUUUAAUAAAAGGGCAUUGUUUGAAUAUAUUUUUUUUCUUGAAAUUGAAUCUGAUUAUACAUACAUUUACUUCUGUUUAAUAGAUAACUGAAUAGGAGUUCAAAUGUUUACCUUUCUAUUUUGGUGUAGACAAAACAAUCCACAUAAAUGAAUAGGGACUUUCCCCUUUUGUUUGGGUUUUAAAAAUUGGGUCAGUAUUAGGGGUUUACUUAAGACUAGUAGGUUUGAUAUAUAUAUAUUUUACAUUCAGAUUUUGACUUGCAAGGUGAUAUGGUAUGUGUGUAUUCCUAUGAUGCAGGAGUUUUGUAUUCCAAAGUGAAAACUUGCCACAAAAUUAAUGUUACUAGAAAUCACGUAUACUGCACAAUAUUAUUAUGACUACUAAGAUAACCGCAUCUUGAUCUAGCUCCUGAUGUCAAGUCGAAAAGAAUACACAAUCCCAUCAAGUAUUUUUCACACGACUUCAAUAACUGUAUAUUAUGACCCAUUCAAGCCCACUCGUGAUUAUAAACGUUUUCUUGUAUGUAAUGCAAUGAAUUGGAUUUGUGAAGUAAUUUAUUGUACACACGUAAUGUUUCACUUGUAUCAUGUACAGUGGUGUGUAAAUGUAUUGUUUGAUCAGUGCAUAAUAAUAAAAUUGACGAGUUACUAUGGAAUUAUAA